AAGAAACAUGGCUGACAGCAAGAAAUUGUAAACAAACCGACAGUUUCGAUAGGGCAAAUUUGCUGCCCUGCACAGAAACACAAUGUUUCAACCUGUGCAACUUCGAUCUUAUGGCUUCGGAGAGAAAUCCAAGUUAUAUAAUGCCGCAAAAGGAAAUAAAGAGUUUGUCCAGCGUCUGAAGUUGGAGCGGAAGCUUGAGGCACACACUGGAUGUGUGAACACAAUAUGCUGGAACAACACUGGCCAUACUAUUUUGUCUGGAUCUGACGACCAGCAUCUUGUUAUCACAGACCCAUUCAACAACAAGAAAGUACUGUCCAUCCGCUCUGGUCAUCGGGCAAACAUAUUCAGUGCUAAAUACCUGCCGGCUUCUGGGGACAAACAGAUCGUGAGUUGUUCUGGUGAUGGGAAGAUUUACCACACUGAGGUCGAGCGAGCUGAUACCUACACCAGUAAUCUAUUUGAUUGCCAUUUUGGAACUACAUACGAGGUGUUGGUAGUACCCAAUGAGGCAUCACUGUUCCUGUCGUGUGGGGAGGAUGGCACGGUUCGCUGGUUUGAUCUCCGUGCAAAGUCCAGCUGUACUAAGGAGGACUGUAAAGAGGAUGUGCUGAUUAACUGUCACAGAGCAGUAACCUCCCUUGCGGUGAAUCCUUUCAUACCGUAUCACCUGGCCAUCGCAUGCUCUGAUAGCUCUGUUCGCAUCUUUGAUAGACGCAUGCUAGGAACACGAGCUACAGGUAACUAUGCUGGACGUAGCAUUACAGGAAUGAUGUGUCGUUUCACGGCUCCUACACUUUCUGGCCGUUCUUAUAGAAUCACCUCUCUUAACUACAGCCCAGACGGUGAAGAUGUACUCGUUAGCUAUUCAUCUGAAUAUAUUUACCUGUUUGGUCAUAAGGAAAACAAGUACAAGCAUUUGGGGAAAAGCUUUCCAUUGGAGUCCAAAUCAUCUAAUCCUAGACACCAGAAUGUGACGGAUGACAGUUGUUUGCCAGUAAAAUCUGAGGUGUCCAGCUCCAAACAAUCAUGCUCCCAUACAUUUGCUAGUGGCAGCACCAACCAGGCAGAAACAGAUAAAAAAUGUGGGAGUUCCAACAAGGAAGAUACAGGAAAGAGGGAUGGGGGCAAGAAACAGAGAGAUACAGGUAAAAAAGUUGGGGAGGAUCGAGAAACAAAGGAAGGGAUGAGUAGCAAUGACAAGGAUGGUGCAAAAGGAGUGAAGCCCAGGGCAGAGGAUGGCAGGAAGGUAGAAGGAGGAGGAAAAGGAAUAGGAAAGGGAAAAGGUAUGACAAAGGACGGGGUGAAAGAAAAAGGAAGGAAGGAUUCAGAGGAUAAAGGUGAAAAAUGUAAGACAGGAGAAGAGAGAAAGGAAAUUACAGGGAGAGACACAGUAGUUGUACAGCAAGAUACAACAGCAGAACAAAUAGAAACAACAGGAGACAGUCAGCCAGUGGUAGGGACGGAACCUGGUGUGGCCGGGGAGGCUGGUGUGGCCGGAGAGGCUGGUGUGGCGGGAGAGGCCGGUGUGGCUGGAGAAGCCGGUGUGGCUGGAGAGGCCAGUGUGGCUAGAGAGGUCUGUGUGGCUGGAGAGGUCUGUGUGGCUGGAGAGGUCUGUGUGGCCGGAGAGGCCGUUGAAGAAGGAGAGGCCAGUGUAGAAGGAGGAGCUGGUAUAGAAGGAGAGGCCAGUGUAGAAGGAGAGGCCGGUGUAGAAGGAGAGGAGGCGAGUGGGGCGGGGUUAAACAGAGGAGCUAGAGGUGUAGAUACUGGUAGAGGUAUGGGUGGUGCCCUGCCUGGAGAUGUGUCUGGAACGUUAGGGGGAGUUAUAGCUGGAGACAUAGCCACCACCUCAUCAACAACAGAAGCCUUGGAAGAGUCUGCUGCUGGACACCCACCUAUAAAACGUCUACGACUGCGUGGUGAUUGGUCAGAUACAGGCCCUAAUGCCCGCCCAGAGAGUGAAAGACAAGCCCAGGGGACAGCAGAGCAGAGAAGAAGUCCACACACCUCCAUCAUGCAGCGGAUGUCAGACAUGCUGACCCGCUGGUUGGAUGGAAACUUGAGAAGGACUGAAGGUCAGGGUGAAAAUUCUGAAGGUCAAGGUGAAGGUCAAGGUCAAGGUUCAGAAGCUAGAGCUGAAGGAUCAGCUGCGAAUGAUGAGGAAUCCAACCAGACCACACAGGAGGGCCCUGUGGAGGUGACAUAUGUACCCCAGGGUGGUGGAGACCCCACAUCCUCCACGGAAGGAACAGGAAGGACUGUUGUAUCAGAAACUUCUGGAGAUAUGGAAGAUGUGAAUCCUCAUGGAAGACCUAGCAUCACCGAGGGAAUGUCUCGGGAGGCAAAUCGUGAUGGACCGUCUCGGCCUACAGAAUCAUUACCUGGAACAACUCAAUGUGCUGAUAAAUCAGUGAAAGACAAUAGUUCUGGCCAACUGGACGUUAAUAGUGACCAGAAAGGUCAAAGUUCAACAAGUGCAAUAUCUGGUGUUGUAGAAGGGCCUAGUACAUCCAGGCAGGGACUCCCUGAGGAAGCAGGUCAGUCUACCUCAGUGAGUCCAGGGUCAACAUCAGGUCAACAGCCUGCCGUGGUUGUUGGUGACCAUGGUAACGAAGAAGCACCACUGUCCCCAGGACAAAUGGAGCCAGUCAUCAGCUUGCAUUAUUCCUCCGAGGGAACCACGAGUAGUACCAUCAGAUUAGGAUUUGCAAAGUUUGAAAACUUGGAGGCAGGUCUGUUACAGAGAAGUGCUGAAAAUGCUUCCCUUGCUCCCCUGGUUAGGGACACUAGUCAGUUUGAAAGAGACGAUAGUCCUCAUCCAGGUCUCUUAUCACAGAUGAACAAUACCAGAGACUUAGAAAAUUUCCAGGAACAGAGUGAUUCAGCCCAAAGUCAGAACAAUCGUGCCAGUCCGUUGUGUGGUAGUGAAAUGUCUUCUCCGGAUCCUAAUAUUUCUGGUUCUUCAGUUCAAAGUGAUUCAGUCAGUUCAGAAGUCCAGAGUAAUUCCAAUAAACCUCAAAGUUUUAGUGAUUCUGACAUUCCCCAAAGACAAAGUGAUUUGGCCAGUCCCAGGGGUGCCAGUGACUUAUCCAGUCCCCAGGGCCCUAGUGACUCAGCCAAUCCCAAGGGCCCCAAUGAAUCAGCCAGUCCCAUGGGCCCCAAUGACUCGGCCAGUAGUUUGGUGAUAGAUAGCCCUGUAUGUGUUAGUGAGGACUUAAAUAGUACCAGUGAGGGUGAGGGUAGGUCAGAACAGGAGAGUGAACAGGAACACCUGAUGGAAACAGAGGACUAUCCUGUCUCCAGAGGAUCUAGUGGCCUGUCCUGUACAACUAGUGUAGGUCAAAAUUACACAGAAACUAGUCAUGGUCAAGCUUGUGGGGGUGUUGCAGAGGGAGGAAGUGAUUGUGAGGCAAACGUCAGGGAGGGAAGUAGUGAGACUGAUACUGGUAUCAGGCAGGGAGGGAAUGUGUCUCCCAUUGCAGGGACAUCUGUACUAAGUGUGGGGACAGAUUCAAAGGAGAGAGGAAAUCCAAAAGAUGAAGAUAAGAAAAAGAAGGAUUUAAAAGAUUUAAAAUCAAAGGACGUUAAACCGAAAGGUUUGAAGUCUGAUAUUCCUUCAAUUGAGCAGAAAUCCUCCAGUUCUGAGGAGACAUUGAAACCUGGGGAAGUGACAGGUAGACAAGAGCCCUUGGUAUCAGAAGAUCAGACACAGCAGCAGGUGUCACAACAUUCAACAUCACACGUGUCACAGGAUGAAGUGGAGAGUAGAGACGGGUCUGCUGCAACAGGAGGGGCAGAGGCUGACCUAGAAUCUGAGAACACAGCCCAAGCUGCUUCCACUCCAAAUCCUCCUAGAGAAACUGCUGCCCGUCAACGAAGGAUAGGUCGUAGUGGACCCCCUACAGGGAACUUCCAGUUGUCGACGGACGAGGACAGCAGUGAUGAUGACACUACUACACCACGCAGGAGGAGAGAGAACAGAGACACUCUUGAGCGUCACAUCACAGCUAUCAGACUACAGGAGCUGUACCGUAAACGUCAGGAGGAGCGGGAGAAAGAGGAGAUGGAGCUACGGAACAUACACCAACCAACAUUUACUUCAAAGUUCCGUGGACAUAGAAAUGCCCGCACAAUGAAUGUGGUAGGUUUGUUUAUACUCUCUAACCCUAGACACCAGAAUGUGACGGAUGACAGUUGUUUGCCAGUAAAAUCUGAGGUGUCCAGCUCCAAACAAUCAUGCUCCCAUACAGUUGCUAGUGGCAGCACCAACCAGGCAGAAACAGAUAAAAAAUGGGGGAGUUCCAACAAGGGAGAUACAGGAAAGAGGGAUGGGGGCAAGAAACAGAGAGAUACUGGUAAAAAAGUUGGGGAGGAUCGAGAAACAAAGGAAGGGAUGAGUAGCAAUGACAAGGAUGGUGCAAAAGGAGCGAAGCCCAGGGCAGAGGAUGGCAAGAAGGUAGAAGGAGGAGGAAAAGGAAUAGGAAAGGGAAAAGGUAUGACAAAGGACGGGGUGAAAGAAAAAGGAAGGAAGGAUUCAGAGGAUAAAGGUGAAAAAUGUAAGACAGGAGAAGAGAGAAAGGAAAUUACAGGGAGAGACACAGUAGUUGUACAGCAAGACACAUCAGCAGAACAAAUAGAAACAACAGGAGACAGUCAGCCAGUGGUAGGGACGGAACCUGGUGUGGCCGGGGAGGCUGGUGUGGCGGGAGAGGCUGGUGUGGUGGGAGAGGCCGGAGAGGCCGGUGUGGCUGGAGAGGCCAGUGUGACUGGAGAGGCCAGUGUGGCUGGAGAGGUCUGUGUGGCCGGAGAGGCCAGUGUGGCUGGAGAGGUCUGUGUGGCCGGAGAGGCCGUUGAAGAAGGAGAGGCCGGUGUAGAAGGAGAGGCCGGUGUAGAAGGAGAGGCCGGUGUAGAAGGAGAGGAGGCGAGUGGGGCGGGGUUAAACAGAGGAGCUAGAGGUGUAGAUACUGGUAGAGGUAUGGGUGGUGCCCUGCCUGGAGAUGUGUCUGGAACGUUAGGCGGAGUUAUAGCUGGAGACAUAGCCAGCACCUCAUCAACAACAGAAGCCUUGGAAGAGUCUGCUGCAGGACACCCACCUAUAAAACGUCUACGACUGCGUGGUGAUUGGUCAGACACAGGCCCUAAUGCCCGCCCAGAGAGUGAAAGACAAGCCCAGGGGACAGCAGAGCAGAGAAGAAGUCCACACACCUCCAUCAUGCAGCGGAUGUCAGACAUGCUGACUCGCUGGUUGGAUGGAAACUUGAGAAGGACUGAAGGUCAGGGUGAAAAUUCUGAAGGUCAAGGUGAAGGUCAAGGUGAAGUUUCAGAGGCUAGAGCUGAAGGAUCAGCUGUGAAUGAUGAGGAAUCCAACCAGACCACACAGGAGGGCCCUGUGGAAGUGACAUAUGUACCCCAGGGUGGUGGAGACCCCACAUCCUCCGUGGAAGGAACAGGAAGGACUGUUGUAGCAGAAACUUCUGGAGAUAUGGAGGAUGUGAAUCCUCAUGGAAGACCUAGCAUCACCGAGGGAAUGUCUCAGGAGGCAAAUCGUGAUGGACCAUCUCGGCCUACAGAAUCAUUACCUGGAGGUGCAACAACUCAAUGUGCUGAUAAAUCAGUGAAAGACAAUAAUUCUGGCCAACUGGACGUUAAUAGUGACCAGAAAGGUCAAAGUUCAACAAGUGCAAUAUCUGGUGUUGUAGAAGGGCCUAGUACAUCCAGGCAGGGACUCCUUGAGGAAGCAGGUCAGUCUACCUCAGUGAGUCCAGGGUCAACAUCAGGUCAACAGCCUGCCGUGGUUGUUGGUGACCAUGGUAACGAAGAAGCACCACUGUCCCCAGGACAAAUGGAGCCAGUCAUCAGCUUGCAUUAUUCCUCCGAGGGAACCACGAGUAGUACCAUCAGAUUAGGAUUUGCAAAGUUUGAAAACUUGGAGGCUGGUCUGCUACAGAGAAGUGCUGAAAAUGCUUCCCUUGCUCCCCUGGUUAGGGACACUAGUCAGUUUGAAAGAGAUGAUAGUCCUCAUCCAGGUCUCUUAUCGCAGAUGAACAAUACCAGAGACUUAGAAAAUUUCCGGGAACAGAGUGAUUCAGCCCAAAGUCAGAACAAUCGUGCCAGUCCGUUGUGUGGUAGUGAAAUGUCUUCUCCGGAUCCUAAUAUUUCUGGUUCUUCAGUUCAAAGUGAUUCAGUCAGUUCAGAAGUCCAGAGUAAUUCCAAUAAACCUCAAAGUUUUAGUGAUUCUGACAUUCCCCAAAGACAAAGUGAUUUGGCCAGUCCCAGGGGUGCCAGUGACUUAUCCAGUCCCCAGGGCCCUUGUGGCUCAGCCAACUCCAUGGGCCCUAAUGAAUCAGCCAGUCCCAUGGGCCCCAAUGACUCGGCCAGUAGUUUGUUGAUAGAAAGCCCUGUAUGUGUUAGUGAGGACUUAAAUAGUACCAGUGAAGGUGAGGGUAGGUCAGAACAGGAGAGUGAACAGGAACACAUGAUGGAAACAGAGGACUAUCCUGUCUCCAGAGGAUCUACUGUCCUGUCCUGUACAACUAGUGUAGGUCAAAAUUACACAGAAACUAGUCGUGGUCAAGCUUGUGGGGGUGUUACAGAGGGAGGAAGUGAUUGUGAGGCAAAAGUCAGGGAGGGAAGUAGUGAGACUGAUACUGGUAUCAGGGAGGGAGGGAAUGUGUCUCCGAUUGCAGGGACAUCUGUACUAAGUGUGGGGACAGAUUCAAAGGAGAGAGGAAAUCCAAAAGAUGAAGAUAAGAAAAAGAAGGAUUUAAAAGAUUUAAACUCAAAGGACGUUAAACCCGUUAAACCGAGAGGUUUGAAGUCUGAUUUUUCUUCAAUUGAGCAGAAAUCCUCCAGUUCUGAGGAGGCAUUGCAACCUAAGGAAGUGACAGGUAGACAGGAGUCCUUGGUAUCAGAAGAUCAGACACAGCAGCAGGUGUCACAACAUUCAACAUCACAGGUGUCACAGGAUGGAGUGGAGAGUAGAGACGGGUCUGCUGCAACAGGAGGGGCAGAGGCUGACCUAGGAUCUGAGAACACAGCCCAAGCUGCUUCCACUCCAAAUCCUCCUAGAGAAACUGCUGCCCGUCAACGAAGGAUAGGUCGUAGUGGACCCCCUACAGGGAACUUCCAGUUGUCGACGGACGAAGAUAGCAGUGAUGAUGACACCACUACACCACGUAGGAGGAGAGAGAACAGAGACACACUUGAGCGUCACAUCACAGCUAUCAGACUACAGGAGCUGUACCGUAAACGUCAGGAGGAGCGGGAGAAAGAGGAGAUGGAGCUACGGAACAUACACCAACCAACAUUUACUUCAAAGUUCCGUGGACAUAGAAAUGCCCGCACAAUGAUCAAAGAGGCUAAUUUCUGGGGGAGUCAGUUUGUCAUGAGUGGGUCAGAUUGUGGUCACAUCUUUAUUUGGGACCGCUACACAUCCAAACUGGUCAUGUUACUGGAAGGUGACCGCCAUGUUGUCAAUUGUCUACAGCCUCAUCCGUUCGACCCUAUUCUAGCCACCAGUGGAAUUGAUUAUGACGUCAAGAUUUGGUCACCAAUGGAGGAGAAGAGCUGUUUCGAUGAAGAGAAAGCUAAUGAGAUUAUGAGAAGGAAUGAGGUCAUGCUGGAGGAGACUAGAGACACCAUCACAGUGCCUGCUGCCUUCAUGUUACGUGUGCUGGCCUCCCUCAAUCAGAUCCGAUCAGGACGUACAGCCAGUGUGGAAAAUCCAGUAGAGCAAGACUCAUCUUCGGACUCUGACUAAGCCAGGAUGAUAUUGGUAGUACGAGAUUAAAGAUCCUGAGAUACAUGCUAAGCUGUGGAUACAAAUGUACCCAGUAGGACAUGGGAAAUCCAGCUAGCUGUGGGGAUUGUGUUACCCACUUGGACAUUGAAAAUCCCGCUACAUGCCGGAAUUUUUAUCCUAUUUAUUAAUAGUUCACUGUUUUAACACAUAAAUGCUUUGUACAUAAACCAGGAAAUCCAUUGACUAAUAGUCAAAUAUUACCUAACUGAGCUGGUCACAUUAAAGUUUUUAUGAAAUCACCAUAGUGAGGAUGAACAUGAGAGUAGUCCAGGCUACGAUGAGAUGAGAGUAGUCCAGGCUAUGAUGAGGUGAGAGUAGUCCAGGCUAUGAUGAGGUGAGAGUAGUCCAGGCUAUGAUGAGAUGAGAGUAGUCCAGGCUACGAUGAGGUGAGAGUAGUCCAGGCUAUGAUGAAGUGAGAGUAGUCCAGGCUACGAUGAGAUGAGAGUAGUCCAGGCUACGAUGAGAUGAGAGUAGUCCAGGCUACGAUAAGGUGAGAGUAGUCCAGGCUAUAAUGAGAUGAGAGUAGUCCAGGCUACGAUGAGGUGAGAGUAGUCCAGGCUACGAUGAGAUGAGAGUAGUCCAGGCUACGAUAAGGUGAGAGUAGUCCAGGCUACGGUGAGAUGAGAGUAGUCCAGGCUACGGUGAGGUGAGAGUAGUCCAGGCUACGAUGAGGUGAGAGUAGUCCAGGCUAUGAUGAAAUGAGAGUAGUCCAGGCUACGAUGAGAUGAGAGUAGUCCAGGCUACGAUGAGGUGAGAGUAGUCCAGGCUAUGAUGAGAUGAGAGUAGUCCAGGCUGAUGAGGUGAGAGUAGUCCAGGCUAUGAUGAGGUGAGAGUAGUCCAGGCUAUGAUGAGGUGAGAGUAGUCCAGGCUAUGAUGAGAUGAGAGUAGUCCAGGCUACGAUGAGGUGAGAGUAGUCCAGGCUACGAUGAGGUGAGAGUAGUCCAGGCUAUGAUGAGGUGAGAGUAGUCCAGGCUACGAUGAGGUGAGAGUAGUCCAGGCUGAUGAUGAGGUGAGAGUAGUCCAGGCUGAUGAGGUGAGAGUAGUCCAGGCUAUGAUGAGGUGAGAGUAGUCCAGGCUAGGAUGAGGUGAGAAUAGUCCAGGCUACGAUGAGGUGAGAGUAGUCCAGGCUACGAUGAGGUGAGAGUAGUCCAUGCUAUGAUGAGAUGAGAGUAGUCCAGGCUAGGAUGAGGUGAGAGUAGUCCAGGCUAGGAUGAGGUGAGAGUAGUCCAGGCUACGAUGAGAUGAGAGUAGUCCAGGCUAUGAUGAGGUGAGGGUAGUCCAGGCUACGAUGAGGUGAGAGUAGUCCAGGCUACGAUGAGGUGAGAGUAGUCCAGGCUAUGAUGAGAUGAGAGUAGUCCAGGCUAUGAUGAGGUGAGAGUAGUCCAGGUUACGAUGAGAUGAGAGUAGUCCAGGCUGAUGAGGUGAGAGUUGUCCAGGCUGAUCAGGAUUAUUAAGCCCAUGAAAAGGAAGUGGUGUUGUGUUACACUGAAUACAAAUGUUCAUUGAACCUCAGUGACUACAAUCUCAGGGCCUGGAGAUGUUUACUCUUGAAUGAGACAUACAUUACACCAAAAUUUACACAAUAUUUGUAUCUGAAUCCAAGAACCAGUCAUGUAACUUGUUCUCAGUCCAACCCAGGUCCAACCAUGUAACGGAUCGUUAGUCUGACGAAGAUCUAACCAUGUAACAGAUCGUUAGUCUGACCCAGAUCUAACCAUGUAACGGAUCAUUAGUCUGACCCAGAUCUAACUACAUGUAUGUAACAGAUUGUUAGUCUGACCCAGAUCUAACCAUGUAACGGAUCGCUAGUCUGACCCAGAUCUAACCAUGUAACAGAUCGUUAGUCUGACCCAGAUCUAACCAUGUAACGGAUCGUUAGUCUGACCCAGAUCUAACCGUGUAACGGAUCGUUAGUCUGACCCAGAUCUAACCAUGUAACAGAUCGUUAAUCUGACCCAGAUCUAACUAUGUAACGGAUCGUUAGUCUGACCCAGAUCUAACCGUGUAACAGAUCGUUAGUCUGACCCAGAUCUAACCAUGUAACGGAUCGUUAGUCUGUCCCAGAUCUAACCAUGUAUAGGAUCGUUAGUCUGACCCAGAUCUAACCAUGUAACGGACCGCUAGUCUAACCCAGAUCUAACCAUGUAACGGAUCGUUAGUCUGAGCCAGAUCUAACCAUGUAACGGAUCGUUAGUCUGACCCAGAUCUAACCAUGUAACAGAUCGUUAGUCUGACCCAGAUCUAACCGUGUAACAGAUUGUUAGUCUGACCCAGAUCUAACUAUGUAACAGAUUGUUAGUCUGACCCAGAUCUAACCGUGUAACAGAUUGUUAGUCUGACCCAGAUCUAACCAUGUAACGGAUCGCUAGUCUGACCCAGAUCAGUCUAACCCAGAUCUAACCAUGUAACAGAUCGUUAGUCUGACCCAGAUCUAGCUAUGUAUCAGAUUGUUAGUCUGACCCAGUUUUAUAUUUCGAUACCUUUUAUUGUGUAUGUUUUUAUUGACAUAGAAGAGAUAGUAGUUAUUCUCCCUACUUAUUAUAUAUAUAUAUAUAAAUUAGAGUGUCUAUGGAUAUGAAGAUUAAUCUUUAAACAGGAGUAUGAACAGAAGUGUCCAGGUGACGAUGAUUAGUGAACUGUUACUGCAGUGUUGAGGGGAUAUGAGUAGCCAUAUAUUGAGUGAAUAUUUAAUGUUUUAAUUUAUUAAUAUGUAUAUUAUAGUUUCAUUUAAGGUGUACAGACACUUUGACACUUAACUCCUAAUGGUGGCAUGUGAUGCCGUUGCUUUUCUCCUACAAUGGGUUAAGCCCUGGAAUAGUUCAGAACAAAUUGUUGAAAUUUCUUUAUAAUCAAAGAUUUAAUUUCCAUAUACCAAAUUUAUUAUGAGUCUCCAGACACAUAGCGUCUACAGGUAAUUCUGCAAGUCAGGUAAAACUUUUUUUUUUUUUUCAAGACUGUUAUAUUUAUGAAAUAACAAAUUAAAUACAUGACUUAAGUUGAGUCACAUUACAACUUAAAUAAAGAUAUAUAUGUUUAUAGCCAUCGUGCUUGGUCCGUCGUUGUGCGCCGUCCGUAAACUUUUCACAUUUCAAACUUCUUCUCAAGUUCCACCGGUGGGAUUGAGCUGAAACUUGCCUGAAAUGAUCCCGAGAUGAUCCCGACUAAGUGUUGUUAUUUUUCGGAGUGUUCUGAAAUCCAAGAUGGCCGCCAUUGCCGCCAUCUUGAAAAACACAAUAAAACUUCUUCUCAAGUUCCACCAGUGCUAUUCAGAUGAUCCUUACCAAGUGUUAUUUUCUGCUCUGUCCGAAAUCCACAAUGGCCGCCAUGACCAUUAGUGUGCCACUAUACUUGCUACGGAGUAUGUAUGCAACAAUUGUACAGGGUCUUUAGAGUCAGAUGACCCGUUAAGGCCCCUGGGCCUCUUGUUUUGAUAUAGCUGGGGGUGUGGAGUGUUGUCAUGAGGUGGUCGGAGUGUGGAGGUCGUCAUUGGGGAUAUUGAUGGGGGUGUGAAAUGUUGUCAUGAGGUGGUCGGAGUGUGGAGGUCGUCAUUGGGGAAAUCGAUGGGGGUGUGGAGCGUUUGUCUUUAAAUGGUCGGAGCAUGGAGGAUGAGAGAAAUACCUACUUAACAUAUGACACAACUUUAUCUGAAGGAAUGUUGGCUAUUGACUAGAAUGAAUAUUUUGCAUUACAUACUGAUAAUAUGAUCUGUUGAUACAGUUGUUGAAGUGAGUAGAAAUUAAAACUUCACUUUUACCAACUAUCUCGGUUUGUGUUGAUAAUUUUACAAUUGUUUAGUCAUUACAUAAUGUACACUUGUAAGCCUCUAUCUUUUCAUAUUGAGAUGGAAAUUUAAAGUUUUUGCUGCUACAGUUUUGAUAUUACUGGUAUUGUAAGGUAGUUUUGCUGUUGAUGAGUAAGGAAGUAUGAUAGAAUGUAAGUUAUACUAGUAAAUUAUACUUUACAGCCGAGCUUACUAUUAUGUACAAUAUAUAAUCUCUCAAGGGGAUGACAGGUAAAUUGGAAAUGCCAUUUUUUCACUCGAGUGAAAAGAGAUUGGGCACCAAUAUUUACACAAGAUAAGAUACUCUUUAUAAUUCUCUGUCCUGUCAUAUUGAUGUUUUGCAUUGUUGGCGAGUCAAUGCAUGCUCUUGUACCAGAAACACUGAUAGUAAUUGAGUUAAUACAUGUCCUACCAGGAACACCAUUUGUAGGCGAGACCAUAAUGUUUUCAUAACAUUAACAUGGAUAGUAGGCGUAACAGUGCAUGUUGUCGUACCAGGAAUAUUUCUGAUGAUAUAUGCCAGAAUGAUCCAUGGAAAGGUUUGUUGUCCAUUCAUUUUUUCCUCUUCGUUAAUUUCAUUAUUCCAAUAAAGUAUGGAGAGUUGACAGUGCUUACUCUUGUCGCUGUAAUAAACAUUAUUGUACUGAC